GUCUACGUUCAAUUUUAGUUACGUGCUGUCUCCGCCAUUAGAAGCAGUUGCAUAUGUUACAAAUGGCAUACAAGUAGUUUAAAGUGUUUUGGCAGAAUUGGCCAAAGAUGUUCAAUUUUAGAUCAGAAGCAAAACUCUAUAGUUCACAAAAAAGCACAUUUGGCAAACCCCAUGUGUUUAGCAAAUGUUUGUAUUAUUUGAUUUCACUCCACAUUUUUUCAGAAGUUUUACUGCCAGGAACAGCAGUAGUAGGAUGAAUGAAAGGCAUUGGUUGGACUUGGGAGCUUUUAAAGGCAAGAGGGUCCGUGUAGCAUAGUUUGAUCCUGGAUCUGGAAACAGAAUACCCAAGUUCAAAUUCCUAUUCAGGAGAGAAAUUCACAAGCUCUUGGGGGUUGUUCUGAGGACAAAAUAAGUUCAGCUGUCUUGUAAUGAACCCUUUAAGAAAUCUUAAACACAUGAAUAAAGCCCCAGGACUGUUUUUGGAAAGUAAGGGGAAUUUUCAAUAGUUAUAGGCAUUGUGUUCCAAAUGCGCCUCAUGAGUAGUGGAUACAAAAUACUAGUGAAUUGGAUUGUGGAUUGUCCAGAAAUAACUUCUUGAGUUGUAGAAGUAUCUAGGAAGAGCUCCUUUGCAGAGCCACAAAAUCUUUGUGUCUAUCCCAUUUCAGUACACCCCAGCAAAUUAUCCAAUACAGUAGAGUCCUGCUUAUCCAACAUAAACGGGCUGGCAGAACAUUGGAUAAGCAAAAAUCUUGGAUAAUAAGGAGGGAUUAAGGAAAAGCGUAUUAAACAUCGAAUUACGUUAUUUUACAAAUUAAGCACCAAAACAUCAUGUUUUACAAGAAACUGACAGAAAAGGAGUUCAGUACACUGUAACGUUAUGUAGUAAUUACUGUUUUUACUAAUUUAGCACCAAAACAUUGCACUGAAAACAUUGCUGAAAACAUUGACUACAAAAAUAGGCAGACUGCAUUCAAUAAUACAGAACGUUGGAUAGGUGAAGGUUGGAUAACCGAGACUCUACUGUAUUAUGUAUGAUUGUAGCUUCCUCCCUUCACUGCCAACAUGGAUAUAUAACGCAAACACAUCUUCCCUUCUCACCACUGGCAGUGCUAUUCAGAUACCCAAUAAACUUACAAUUGUAUAAAAUCUUGUUCAAAGAGAAAGAGAGAGAAUUCUGCAAUUCUUUGGAUUCUGGAGGAUGUGCUAGUUUUCUUAAUAGAUCUGCCAGUCUAUAAUUUAUAAUUGAGACAUGGCUUUGUAUGUUCACUUUUAAAACACAUGCCUAUGGUCAGGUAAGUCACAAGCAAACAUACAUGGUUUCCACUGUUUACAUGAUUACAUGAUAUUUCCAUGAUUACAGGGAGAUAGUGUUUAAAAUGAACAGACCAUUUUGUUGAUGAGUCAAGCCAGGUUCCAAUAAUUUGGCUAAACGCAUCUAUACAUAUAUACCACCAAGUUAGAUAUCAGCUUUGCUAAUAAACGACACAUAAAGGAAUAAACAAACUGCUUGUCUGAGACACGUCAUCAUCUCUUGGCUCUUUCUAACUCUGGUCUGUAGAUCGAAUACACUGGAGGCGAAGAAGAAGCCGUUGAAUCAGCCAGGUCUGCCUCUUCUUGCUCCCUCUGAAAGUUGUAGUGGAAGGAGCAGGGAGGGAAGGUAGCUGUUGCUUGCGGUUGGAUUUUCCAUUCUUUUGCCUCUUGCAGUAAUUGCAGCUUCUGGUUUUUUGGACACUUUGAGCACUGACUUUCCUUCCUCCUUGCCCAACUGGGGGUGGGAGGGGAGUGCUGGUGUCGUACCCAAAUCUCACUGCUAUUGCUUCUGCCUCUGCUUCCAAAGAUGUAUCUAUAUGAGCUGGAUGAUGACUCUGAGGGGGGUUCUGCAGAGUCCUAUACCAGUCGUCCAUCUGACUCUGAUGUGUCCCUGGAAGAAGACCGGGAGGCCCUUCGCAAGGAAGCAGAGCGCCAGGCCUUGGCACAGCUGGAGAAAGCAAAGACCAAGCCUGUGGCAUUUGCGGUGAGGACAAAUGUGGGUUAUAAUCCUUCUCCCAAUGAUGAUGUACCAGUCCAAGGCAUGUCUAUUUCCUUUGAACCCAAAGAUUUCCUUCAUAUCAAAGAGAAAUACAACAAUGAUUGGUGGAUUGGACGCCUGGUCAAAGAAGGCUGUGAAGUUGGCUUCAUCCCUAGUCCUGUCAAGUUGGAAAACAUGAGGAUGCUUCAGGAACAAAAGAUGCGACAACACCGGCUUAGUUCCAGUAAAUCAGGAGACAAUUCCACCUCUAGCCUGGGAGAUGUGGUGACAGGCCCCCGAAGACCCACCCCACCUGCUAGUGGUAACCUGGAGAUGACUAACUUAGCUUAUGACCCAGAUGCCCUUGAAUUAGAGGAGGAGGAGGAGGAGGCAGCAACUGAAGAGAACCAGCGAACCCCUAAGUCUAGUGUUAGCAGUGUCACCACGCCCCCCUCCACCACCAAGCGCAUCCCCUUCUUUAAGAAGGCUGAACAUGUGCCACCCUACGAUGUGGUUCCUUCUAUGCGGCCCAUCAUUCUUGUAGGCCCAUCCUUGAAAGGGUAUGAGGUGACGGACAUGAUGCAGAAAGCUUUGUUUGAUUUCCUGAAACGUCGCUUCGAUGGCAGAAUAUCCAUCACACGAGUGACAGCAGAUAUCUCCCUGGCCAAACGUUCAGUCCUCAAUAACCCAAGCAAACACACCAUCAUUGAACGGUCCAGCACCCGCUCUAGCCUGGCUGAAGUGCAGAGUGAAAUCGAGCGCAUCUUUGAGCUGGCCCGUACACUACAACUGGUAGCCUUGGAUGCAGACACCAUCAAUCAUCCAGCUCAACUUUCCAAGACCUCAUUAGCACCAAUUAUUGUAUAUAUUAAGAUAUCUUCCCCUAAGGUGCUUCAAAGACUGGUGAAAUCUCGAGGCAAAUCCCAGGCCAAACAUUUGAAUGUGCAGAUGGUGGCAUCUGACAAAUUGGCGCAGUGCCCUCCAGAGAUGUUUGAUAUCAUUCUGGAUGAAAACCAGUUAGAAGAUGCCUGUGAGCACCUGGCUGAGUACCUAGAAGCCUACUGGAAAGCCACGCAUCCUCCUAGCAGCAACCCACCCAAUCCCCUGUUGACCCGUACCAUGGCAACUGCCGCCCUGGCUUCCAGCCCUGCCCCAGUCUCCAACCUUCAGAGACCCUACUUAGUGCAUGGGGAGGAGGCUCAUGACCCCGAGCAUGCCGGCCUGCACGAGUACGCAGGGCAGCCAGAGGUGCGAGGUCAGAUUCGCUCCAUGCAGCCUCCCUCACACUUUGCUGCCCGGAGCCUUUCCCGCCAGGACACCUUUGAUACGGAGACGCAGGGCAGCCGUGAUUCUGCCUACAUUGACCCGGUGGAUUCUUGCAUGGACAUCGAGACUGACCCCUAUGAGGAACCAGAGCCUCGUUGCCCUCAGCAAGGUCUGGGCCAUCGCCACCCUCAGCGCCAGGGCUCCUGGGAGGCGGAGGAGCCUGAUUCCCAUCGUACCCAGUACCGGGGCCACCGUCACCCCCAGAGCUCCUGGGAAGCCGAGGAGCCUGACCGACAAAACCACAACCGACCUCUGCGAGGACGCGGCAAGGGGAGGGCCCGCUAUUGCCAGGAAGAAGAGGAAGCCCUGGGUCGUAACCAUAAUGACAUGGAGGACUGGGGAAGGGAUGCCUACAUCCGUUGAGGGCCCUCAGAGGCACGGCUUUCAUCCACUGAGGGAGAGGCCUCUUCCCAUUCAGAGCCUCCUGAGGGCCAAAGCUGUUUUUUGGUUGUGUGGCAACAGGGGAUUAGACGUAAUCUGCAACAGCCUUGACCAGGCGGCGGGAGUGGGUAGUAGCAUUCUCUAAACCACGCUAGCACUGGCCAGAUCUGUGACCCUUCUAGUUUAGGGACACCCCAUCCCUUUGCCUUGCCCUUUGUGCCAGCAACUUCUCUGAACAUCUGUGUCCUGCCAGCCAGCACUGCCUGGGCUUUCCUCCCCCAUGAGAUCAUAAUCACAUGUACCUUAAAUUCCUCUUUCUACUCGGGGGCUCCUUGUGGGGCUUGGAGAGGAAGAGGGAUGGUCUCCAUCGGUGCCUCGGAUCACCCAAACUCUCGGGUAACAGCUGCGGUGGACAGCUGGCCAUGUGCCACCCCUCCUUCUGUCUUGCCUACCUGCCAACCUCUAAGGCCAAACAUCACCCAGAUUAAUAGGCCCUCCUUCCUUCUGCAAAAAUAAGCUGUCCCUUAAUCUCUUCCUUUUCCUGCCUUGCGGUGCUUUACCAGCCCUACUGGUAGGAGGCCGCAGGCAGAUGUCUGGGCAGGGAGGCAAAAGCCAACCCCCAGUUUGCUGUCGCAAGAUUUCCUUGUCGCAAGAUUCUCCAGUGCCUACAAGCAAAAACCAGCCCCAACCACCUUAAAGUCUUCAGCCUACCCAUCCUCUAGUGCCUCAGCUCAUGACCCUUCUGGAUGUCUCUUACCUGCUGGGCAAAUCCUGGGCAUAAAAAGUGUGUGGCUGGCAUGUGCCAUGCCUGGCAGAGAAAGAAGUCUUUGGAGUGUGUUUCCUGCAAAUGUGCCUGUAACUUGCUGUUUUGCUCUUAAUACCAGUUUUGAAAUCUUCUUUCUGGCAUGUGUGAUAGCUUGGCCUGUAGUGCUUGGCAGAGGAAAAGAAAAAAGGCAUGCCCACCAUCAGACAAAAAAAAUGGCCUCCUGCAGAAGAUUCCUUCUCUCACAGGAGGAACCUUGAUUAUCGGUUUGGGUAUAACUAGUUACAAACAACUAGUUAAUUGUAAUUACUUCCUUUCUCCGAUACCUAAGGUGUAGUUAAAUUGCAUUAUAAUUGUAACUUAGCAAGGGAUAAUGUCACUCCUUUGUGGUGUAAAUGUAACUUUUUAUUUCUCUUAUGGUUACAAGGUGUAACCACAGCAAAUGAUGGAGGAGAAAUAUCACAUGGCUAAAGUGCUGUCAGCUGUUGUUUUCUUAAAUACAGUAACAUAAGUAACUAGUUACUUUUGAGACAUGGCGUAUAUCUCCUCUGGAGGUUUUUAAACAGAGGCUGAAUGGCUAUCAGGAAUGGUUUAAAAUGUGUAUUUCUGCAUGGCAGGGACUUUGACUAGGUGGCCCUUGUGGUGUCUUCCAAUUCUAUGAUUCUGUAUAAUUCCUCUUCAGAGUUGUAACUAUCAUGGCAACUGAUUUGAAAGGCGGCAUCUCAGUACUAUAACUUCAAUGUUGUUUGAAAAGUAACUUUCCAAAUUUUGCCUCUGCCUUUCCAAGGAUUUUCCCUUGGGAAAGCACAUCAUCAUUCUCUGAUGAAAUAAUCAGAUGCAGAGGUGUUGAAGUGAGCCCUAUAGCAACUGUGGGCAUGCAGCCACAAAUACAAGAUUCUUUGUGGAGUGAAACAUAAGGUGAGAUGCAGUGGUUGGGUAGUGCAGAUAUUAGCAGGAAUCCUUCACUCACUUGUCAAUCCUUCUGGGCAGACUAUGGAUCAACUAGAUCUGCAUCCAUUUGAGCAAUUUCAAACUGGGCCAUUUGUCAUGGGCAAACUUUUUUGCCUUGGGGCCGCAUUGUGGGCCUGACUGAGAGGGCCAGGCCGGGAAGGAAAGCAACUGGGCACUUGCUGGGCUGGAUGGGCCCAGAAGGGAGAGAGCCUGUGAGAGGGUGGGGCCGGGGGGGGGGGGGGGGCAGGACAGGGCCAGUGUCAUCCUGAGAUUGUCCUCCUUGUAUAAGGACAGGGAUGCUCGCCCCAUCCUUAUGCCGAAAGGAAUACGAGACAUGCAGCAACUGCCCCAAUCCUCCUCCCCGAUCUUCUCUUUGGGCUGUCCUCUUGGCAUUAUGCUGGGAGGAGGAUGAGGCAGGCGAUGGAUGAGAAGGCUCUCGGCUGCUGCAUGCUUCCUCAUGACAUCUUCUCGGCAUAAGGACUGCUGGCACCAUCCUUAUGCCGGGAGGAGGGUGAGACAUGUGGCUGAGAGCGCUCCAGGAGGCUCUCAGCUGCUGCGUGCCUUCCUCCCCUGUCCUUUCUGCAUAAGGAUGCAAUGGGCCACUGUAUCCUUAUGCUGAGAGGACAGGGAAAAUGAAGAGAGCCUGACAUAAGUGUCCUGGGGGCAUGAGGCCCUCGGACCUUACUUUGCCCAUCCCUGCUCUAAACAAAGCAGUAACCAUUUGCUUCCCAAAUGUCAGCAGUAACACUGGCAGAUUCUGCCUUAUCUAGACCCACCUUUUGGGCUCAAUACUUGUGCCAAAAUCUUGCCCUUUAAUCCAAAGACUCCUGUUAAAAGUGUUGCCCAUUGAAAUAGGUCACUGUUGCUUGCAAAUACCACAACUUCUGAACACCACACAGCUCUGGUAGUUGACUCCUCACAUCCAACCCAUCAUUUAAAUCUUAUGCUGUGAAGGUUUAGGUGUAUUGAUUUGUACGCUUUUUCGAGAAGAAAAGAAAAGUGAUGUAUGUUUUCUCUGUCACCUAAGCAUCAUGAUCAAUUGAAUCAACUGAACUCCAUCUUCUGUGCCCAUCCAUCCUCUGCUGUAAUUUAUAGCUCAUGUGUUGGGGCACUUUUAAAACAACACUCAGCUUGAAUGUAAAUUCUUCAAGAUAAUAAGGAGAAUCUGACCGUUGGAGAGGAUAAAACAUGACUUCUUAGACCCCCAGCUCUCAGGGUUUAAUCUCUUGUUUGACAAUGCUUGAGAGAGCUUGGUCUAUUCAGCUGUGGGUAGGGAAAUGUAGGUUAACAUGACAUAUGAUCCAAUCUGCUUCUACAUUUGGAAUGGCAAUAUAAACAAUAAAAUAAAGUAAGACUACUUUCCAAUAACCUUGGGUUGGAAACAGGACACGUAGCUUUCAGCUUAUGGAGAUGUCAAAUCCUCCAUUUAUUGAAAAUGACUGAUGUGUGGUGCAUUAUGCUCUUUCAAUUGGGAGAGUGAGGGGGUUUGAUAUAUUUUUGGCCCUUUUCAGUUUUAAGCAAUUCUACCCCUGCUCUCACCAAAAAAUCCCAAUAAAACACCUGAAUUUUCUGUAGGAGUAAUAAUAAUAAUAAUAAUAAUAAUAAUAAUAAUAAUAAUAAUAAUUUUUAUUUCUUUCCCGCCUCUCCUCACGGCAUGAGGCAGGUUACAACACUGCUAAAAACACAUUUACCUAAAAACAUUUUUUAAAAAUACACAUAUUAAAAAUGUAUCGGGACAUGCUUUUUGGAAACCUUAAGUAUCCUUUCCUCCCUCUAAUUUCCUAGGAUUGCCUAUCAUCCCUUAUUUUAAGCUGCUGCCUUGCACAUCCACGGCACUUUAAUGGAUACCCUAUAUAUAAUAUAAACACUAUUCUGGUUUGUUUUUUAAUGUUGGUCUGAAAACUAGCAAUUUCUUCACUGUUUGAUUACUGUCUAAUCUAAUGAGAUGACAUUAUCAUGGAGACAGGAGCAAAACAUCUGUGUCCCUUUAAGCCGCCUCCCCUCCUUCUGCCACUUCUUCAGGAUAGUAAUGAAAGACAAUAGUAGAUGUAGUUACUUUAAGUGCAUUUGUGAUCGAUUUCUGCUGCUUAGGGCUUCUCUGAAGACAAAGAUGUGCAAAUCCAUGUGCUCUGCAACAGAUGAAUCAUUAUUGCUAGCCAAGCAUCUAGGAGAGGGUCAUUACAUACCAGCAGGAUGAAAAAAUGCAAAUGUAAUUUUAAACAAUGUAGAAACUGUAUCCGUACUUCAACCAGUUCUUUUAAGACAGUGCAUUUUAUUUCAUAAUGUCUCAGCAUUGUUCCUUGGAUUGGGAUUCCCAACCAAACCUCAUUUCUUUGUAGUGAAUGGUUUCACUUAAACCCUUACAAUCAAUUAAUCAAUUUAAAAAGUGGGGAAGAGAGGAGUCAUUUAAAGGAUGGCUAAUGAACUUUUAAGAUAAUGGAGCAUUAUCCCCUGCAUUAUAUUUGCACCUUUUGGAUUUAUUUUCCACUCUGGGUUGUUUUGUUGUUUUCAUUUGGGAUGGGUUGGGGGAAGGAAUAAGGUUAUGGAGAACAGAAAAUAAAUUCUACCAAGUCUCUG